UAGAAAGCCGUUGUUGAACAUCCAGAAUGGACCGGGCGGACUUCAUGAGACUAAGGUUCUCCUCCUCUGUCAAGUGGAUAUUAACAACACCGAGCACACGUCCUCUUGCCAGUUGCGUAGGCUAUCUUUUGCACAGGGCAAUGUUCUAGUUUCCACACACUUAUUGCUCAAGGCUAUCUUUUGCGCAGGGCAACGUUCUAGUUUCCACACACUUACUGCUCAAGAAGGAAUGGAGCUGAAGUCAGAUCCUCAAGUUUUUUAUGAUAGCUCAGUGGUUACUAGAAAACCAUCUUCUGGGGCAACUGCAAGUGAAUGGCGAAACUUCAUGUCAUCGAGGCCAUCUGAUAUGUUUAAGGAAAGAGAAACGAGGCAAUUAUGUAAGCAGAUGCAUGAAGAAGAGGACAUAUUCAAGAAAAUUUUCAAGGAAGUUGAAGAGUUAGGUGUUGCACAGAUGCCUUGGAAGAUGCGAAAGGCAGUUGAAAAUCAGAAAGUGGUAGCAUUGGGUGGAAAGCCUGCAAAGAAUUGCAAAACAUCUAUUUAUCAUGGUCAGUGUAUUAAGAAGAAGCGAGAACGUACGGAGCAGAAGGCAAUUGAGAAUGAGGAAACUCAUCUUGGCCGACCUGCAAAACGUGCAAAAAAAGAUGAUAGACAACGUAAGCCAGAGGACCGAGGGCUGAUGGCAUCUGAAGGAUUUUUCAAGCAAGGAAUUUUGCAUGUCAAGCCUUUGAAGAACAAUAUUGAAAGGAGCGAUGAAGGCCUAUACAGAAUGGGAACUGGAAAAGGGAAAAAGAAAAAGAAAUCCAAGAAAAAUAAACACAAGGGAAAAAAGAAACGAUGAACAUUUUGACAUUUAUUUUGAUAUCUCAGCUUCGUUGUUAUUGAAACAUCUUAGCAUCUGGCCUUUCUUUAAGCUUAUUAGUUUCUGCAGGUAGGAAGGUUUGUUAUGCAUUCAUUCAAUCUAGUAGUUUCUAUCCCGUGGCCUAAUCAUAACACAGAAUUAAUUCUAUUCAAUCGGACUUUCUAUGCUAGAUUGUCUAGUUUUAUCUUCUACACAAAUAUUUGACUCAUGGCAAUUUAAUUUAAUACAAAUUCAUUGGCUGGAGAAAUUUUUGAACUUCACAA